AUGUUCACCCUAUGCUUUGGAGGACUGAUAGGAGUAGGGCUUUCGUUAGUUUACAAUGCUGCCAUCGUCAUUGUCACGUAUAACUUUGAAUUGAGAAGGGGAGUAGCAACGGCUUUAGCAGUUUCUGGUACUGGUGUCGGAACUAUAAUAUUCCCACUGUUUCUCAAAUAUUUCGUACCGGAGCAGGGCACUGACAUAGGUCCAGCAAUUAUAGCAAUCUCCCUCGUCUUAUCUAUCAUUAUCCUUAUAGGACUUGUAGUAAAGGAUGUGGAAUGGCAGAGUGACACUCCAGAGUAUAAGAUGAAAGUUUUCCACAGAAGAUUGAAAAAACUGCGGGAAGAUGAAGAAAGCAUGAAGAAUCAAGAAUGUGGCCGAAUGUUAUAUCCCCUUCUGGCUAUGCUCAAUCCUAGUUAUCAAGAUGUGGAGCCUCGUCGCGCAUGCUCUCUGCCAUCGAUGCCAUCGUAUUUCAGACCGUUUAUGAAUAAGCUAGAUUUCAACGCAGAGGAAGUCAAAGAUGCUGUGACUGCUCUUCAGGAUCAUCCAACGCGGUCACGAUCAGUAGGAACAUUUAUGAACAGACCACGAACGGUAGACUUACCUCCGGCUCCUGAAUUCUCUAUGCUUGGUGGACAACUCAAGCACCUUGAACAUUUAAAUUUACAUCUGGACAAUUCACCUUGUACCACUGUUCAUUCCAAGCCGAGAAAUCGAAUGCCGAAUAAGACUGCUUUGAGCAUGGAUGCCAUUAAUAACAUUGAACAAGACAGUGAGCAUCCUUUGAUCAAAAUGUCAGUGGGCAACGGAACUAGCAGCGAGGAGCCGUUGGAAAAUGAUGACAGUGGUUCGGAUUCAGAAAUGUCCAAUGAUGGGGAUUCUUCUAGUUCAGAACUGUCGGAUACUUGUUUGAACAAACCGUCACUCCCAAUGUCAGCUCGCCUUUUACGGGGAUCUUUGGCUCCGGGCAUGACGGGAAAUCGUAUACCUGUCGGUAAUGCAGUUGCCAGAUAUCGCGGUCCAACGAACCUGAUUGCUUAUCAAGGGAAAAUACCGUCCGCUCCCACUUUGGCAGUGCGCAAGAAAAGAAAAAAUCUCCUUGCAAAAUUGCAUCUCAAAGAGGUUGCUAAAGGUUUACACGAAGAAAUGGUUCUUUAUCGUCUUCUCAUAAGUGAAUCUUCUUUCGUUUUGUUUUUGAUGAGCGUAACAAGUUUGUAUUUCGUGCUGGAUGUUCCAUACGUUUUCUUCUAUGACUAUGCAGUGGACAAUUUGCAUAUAGAAGAAACAUCAGCAGCAUGGCUUACCUCCAUUAUUGGAGUGGCUAACCUUCUGUCAACAUGGAUUUGUGGAGUGAUAUCGGAUGCUGAUUGUGUAAAAUCGCGUUUGUUUACUGUUUACGGGAUUUCAAUGUGUGGUCUAACAGCGUGUAUGUGGAUAGUAACGAUGGUCUCGGAUACGCUAGGAAUGGCGGUACGUUAG